UGAUAACAAUAAAAAAACAAAAGCGCUGUCGUUUGGUCGCCUCCUUUCUUAAAAGGAAAGGAAAAUUUCCAAAACCCACCGAGCCACGAUCGUAGCCAUCUCAGUUAUAUUGUAAAUAGAAUUAUUUUUCGAAAAAAAAAGAGAAAUAAAAAAAAAUGAGUGAAGUUUUCGAGGGAUAUGAACGGCAGUACUGCGAGCUAUCGGCGAAUCUUUCCAAGAAGUGUACGGCAGCUGGUGCUCUCGAUGGAGAGCAGAAGAAACAAAAACUUUCUGAUAUAAGGGCUGGAUUGGAAGGUGCAGAAACUCUGAUUCGGAAAAUGGACCUUGAGGCAAGAAGUUUGCAGCCAAAUGUUAAGGCUGUGCUUCUUGCUAAGUUAAGGGAAUAUAAAUCAGAUCUUAACAAUCUGAAAAGUGAAGUUAAAAGAAUUGCAUCUGGUAAUUUAAAUUCAGCUGCUCGAGAUGAGUUGUUAGAGUCUGGAAUGGCUGAUGCCCUAACGGCAUCAGCUGAUCAAAGAUCAAGAUUAAUGAUGACUACAGAGCGGUUGAAUCAAAGCAGUGAUAGAAUUAAGGACAGCAGAAGAACCAUGCUGGAAACAGAAGAGCUUGGUGUUUCAAUUCUUCAGGAUCUGCACUCACAGCGACAGGCCCUCUUACAUGCCGAUAACACGCUCCAUGGAGUGGAUGACAACAUUGGCAAGAGUAAGAGAAUUUUGACAAAUAUGUCAAGGAGGAUCAGCAGGAACAAGUGGAUCAUUGGCAUCAUAAUUGCCGUCCUUAUCCUUGCUAUCGCCCUUAUUCUGUACUUCAAACUUGCUAAAUAGUCAACAUUUGUAUCUUCCCCGCUUCGUUUGGUCGUGGUUUUUGGGUGUGUUUGAGAAACAUAAUUUUGUUUGGUCCUAGCGAGCUUGCCCAUGUUGAGUGCCGAUAUAAAUGUAUGCUUCAUUGAUCCAAAGACUUUGUAUUUAUUAAUCAUUUCAAUCCUAUGGGUUGUCUUUUAAGGAAAUAGUUUGAUUA